CAUAUAUAUUCAACCCAAGAAAUCCAACACUAAAACAUUCUCCAUCAUUCUAUUAAUUCUCUGAGCAUUUAACGCUGUUGUAAUGGCUUCAUUCAAUUCUUUCCUCAUCUCAUUCUUCUUCUUCUCUUUCAGUUUAUUAUUACUUCAAAAGCCUUUACUUGUUACCAGCUUUCACUACCGAAGCCGCCUCCUCAAUUUAAUCAACAGCACAGCUUCCACCAACUUAACCAACUACCACCACCACCACAAAUGGGUUGGACCCAUCGGCCACCGCGUCAUCUCUGUCAAUGUUAAUGGCUCCGCCGAUUUCCGGUCCGUUCAAGCUGCCGUAGAUUCUGUCCCAGUAAACAACACAGAGAACGUUGUCAUUCAAAUAAGCGCAGGAUAUUACAUAGAGAAGGUAGUGGUGCCCGUGACGAAGCCGUACAUAACAUUUCAGGGCGCGGGGAGGGACGUGACGGUGAUUGAAUGGCAUGACCGGGCCAGAGACCGCGGCUCCAAUGGGCAACAGCUGCGUACUUACAGAACAGCUUCUGUCGCUGUUUUUGCCAAUUAUUUCUCAGCCAGAAACAUCAGCUUCAAGAAUACAGCGCCUGCACCAUUGCCGGGCAUGCAGGGAUGGCAAGCGGCGGCGUUCCGGAUAUCGGGAGAUAAGGCGUACUUCUCCGGUUGUGGAUUCUACGGCGCACAGGACACUCUUUGCGACGAUGCAGGACGGCAUUACUUCAAGGAGUGUUACGUUGAGGGCUCCAUUGACUUCAUUUUUGGGAAUGGCCGCUCCAUGUACAAGGACUGUGAGCUACACUCAAUAGCCACAGGGUUCGGCUCCAUCGCCGCGCAGUACAGGAACACGCCGGAGGAGAAGACGGGGUUCGCAUUUGUCCGGUGCAGGGUGACGGGUAAGGGACCACUGUACGUGGGUCGAGCCAUGGGGCGGUACGCCAGGAUUGUCUACUCCUUCACGUACUUGGAGGAUGUUGUUGCACAUGGUGGCUGGGAUGCAGGAGAUCACCCCACCAACAACGUCAACAAGACUGUGCUUUUGGGAGCAUACAAGUGCCGAGGUCCGGGAGCUGACGUACUAAAAGGGGUUUCAUGGGCCCCAGAGCUCGAUUACAACUCGGCCCAUCCAUUCCUCGUUAAAAGUUUCGUCAAUGGGAGGCACUGGAUCGCACUCUCUGACAGUUAGCAUCACUGAAUCAAUUAAUUACUUUAACAACCAAUUUUAUUUUUUUAAAAAUUAUUUUAUUUUUUUUUUAUUUUUUUUUUACUUGGAAAUCCAUUUAUUCCUUCAAAUAAUGUUUGCAUAAAUGUACUUAUC